AUGGACAGAACUACCGCAAGGCCCACGUCAACAGGAACAGUCAAUCUCAGACGCUCAGUAGCGGAGCUCCCCCAUUUCAAUUUGCAAUCUGUCAGACCACCAGCGGUCGACUCUCUUGGCCGCCGUGCUGUCCAGCAGUUGCGUACCUUUGCGAGAUGGCUAAUAGGAACAAGAUGGACUGCUGGAGGAACAAGAUGGAUGGCACCCAACCGUGUAUAUUCAUUCCCACACCCUGAAGGCGACGAAGAUGGGGAGUUUCGUACUCUAAAGGUAGUAUUUGCGGACAAAGCUUUGCUGAGCCACUUCUGCCUUGAAAACGGAGUUACCAUGAGCAACAUUCUUCAGAUAGCCUGGGAUAUGGUAUUGCAACAAUACACCAAGAUGAACGAUGCAUGCUUUGGGACAGUCGACUCUGGGAGGGACCUCCCAAUUCGAGAUGUCCAGGAUAUUGUUGGCUCAUAUUUUCAACGUCGUAGUUUGUCGAGCACAUAUUUCUAA